AUGCCGGCCCCCAAGAGCAGCCGCAACGGCGGGACCGAGGGUCACCGGCGGGGAAGGUCCUCGUCGUUCCACGGCCAGAGCGCCGCGUCCGUCGGUCAGCUCCGCCGUCCGAAGACGGUUCCUGACCUCCUGUCCCUCAGAAGCCUUGCUGGAACGGCGCCGGAAGGUGUGCCGAGACAGCCGCCGAAGAUGCUGUUGAAGGUAAGCGUGCUGAGAAGCCUCGCUCCCGUGCAGGUGCUGAUGACGCCGGAAUCCACCGUCGGCGACCUGAUAGCGGCGACGCUGCGACAGUACGUGAAGGAAAAUCGACGCCCAAUCUUGCCGGCCAACUCAACCUCCGAUUUCGACCUCCAUUACUCACAGUUUAGUCUAGAAAGUUUGGAUAGAAAGGAGAAUCUUAUGGAGCUUGGAUCAAGGACCUUCUUUCUGUGUCCGCGAAAGACUGGCACGGCCUUGGAAGGUAGCGUAACGGCGCCGUUUGCGUCUUGUGCCAAAGAAGCGAAAAACGAGAGGGAGAGGUGUGGUGGUGGUGGUGGUGGUAGUGCUUUUGCUUGGUUCAAACUCAUGCAAUUCAUGAUGUAA